ACUGAAAUUGUUUGCUGGUGAGAACUAAUAAUCAGGCCAUAAAUGAAUAUUUACACUACCGAACUGUAAUUGCAUGGGUUUGUUUAUGAAAAAGUGAAUUGUAUCAAAUUUUUAGCAUUGGAUGAGAAGCAAGAAUUUUGGUGUUCUAAUAAUAAUCAUCCGUUCAGCAGUUGGUUAUAAUUCGGUUAAUUUAGCAUUGUAAUAUUCCUAUUUCAUUCAUUUACUGUUGACAUGCAUUUAUGAGUAAAAAUUAUUACGAUAGUCUGUAGUUAUGUCUUUAUGUAGUCAGUGUUGUACGCUGGGUGUUAUUACUCUGAUCUUGUCAGUAAUGUUAUUGAUUUAAAGUGAUAUUUGUGGUUUUAUGUCACUUUGUGUGAUAGGUGUGAUUGGGCAUUACCAAUUAAACGCUAUCACGUGAAAGCUAUUUCAAAGUAUACGUGAUCAUAUAUUUGUCCACCAGGAUUUUUGUGUUAUUACCGUCCUACACCUUAAUAAUCAUAUUUGAUGCAGUAGAUCACUAUUGAUACUCACAUGUGAACAAACAUCAAAUCGCACUUACCAUUAAACAUGCCAUAAACAUAUUCACCUGCUGAAUAAUACAUAAGUUGCUUCAAAAGUAUGACAAAUCGUAUUUUAUUACAACCUUCCGAAGCCACGGUGGAAAAAAUGGAGGAGAAAAGGGAUGCAGCUCUAGAAGAUGAAGAGACAGAGGAGACAGAGAAUAUUAUUAUAAAUGAAAUAGAUGGUUUGCCUAAUCUACACCCAAAUUAUGAGCAACUGGAGCUUGAAUUUGAAGCAGGGAAAAAUCGUGGAGACACUCAUCCAAGAACUUUGGAAGAACUCGUUCACGAUGAGGAUUUACCGACGUCCGUAAUUGUUACCAAUAUCGACCCCAGAGUAUUUAAAAGUGAUGAAAUGAAGAUGGGUAUAGAAUCGUUAUUUAAACAAUUUGGAGAUGACGCCACGUUUCAGUACUUCAGAUCGUUUAGAAGAAUGAGGGUAAAUUAUAGUUCCCCAAGUGCUGCUGCACAUGCAAGGAUACAAUUGCAUCAAACUCAUUACGGGGAGACGGAUAUCAAUUGUUAUUUCGCACAACCAGUAACGCCUAUAGAUAUGGAAGACCAACAUCUUCAACCACCAGCACCUUCAAAACAGUUCCUAAUUUCACCUCCAGCAUCUCCUCCAGUUGGGUGGGAACCACGCGAAGAGAAUGAACCACUUGUCAACCAUGACUUGCUAGCAGCAAUCGCAAAUUUAUCUCCAGGGGGCAGUCACGAACUUCAUCCAGGAGGUUCAGGUCAGCCUGGCAUUGUGGUUCACGUUUGCGAAACAACGAAUCCUAUUAAAGGAGGCCCCCGUAUACAGCACACACGUUGUCCGGAUCAUUAAUUUAUCAAUCGAGUUUUCUUUCAAUAUCGUCCACCGUACACGGCAUUGAAUCGUUUAUAUUCCAUCCAAGACGUAAGUAACACUAACUCGUCAGAAUUAAUCGUUAAAGCAGAUGUGUACCGUGUGCCAAGCCAUACUUUGUAAGUUUUAAAUUUCCACCCUUUAAAACAAGGCAUAUUCGCGUUGAUAGUCGAGUCGCUGCUCAAAAAUAUGUCAAUACUCGAGCGCUUCCUACGAAGCAAAUGUAAAAUAUUGGUAGUUACACUGCUGGUCUCACGAAGCAUGAUUCGCCUAAUAUUAUAACGUAUUGUUUGAUUCUUCUGCUUAGACUUCUAGAGUAGAUAUUUCUCCGAUCUGUGAAAAAUGUGCUAGCAUAAAUUGACGUAAUGACGUUUCUGCUGCUUCGAUGUGUAAAAUACUACAGUUUCGAAAAACACAAAAAGCGUAUUAUGUAAUAUAUAUAUUUACAUUAAGAAAGAGUACGAUUUAGCAUUUAUCUGUCUUAAAAGUUUAUAAGUAUAGAUUUGAUAUCAACACGAAAUUUGAGAGAAGUCCCAAAGCAAAAAAUAAUUGAAUAGAAAGCUAUUCUUAAUCUUUUCAGCGAUAAUCGGUGUAGAAUUAAAUUUGGCUCGGCAGAUGUACAUCCUUAAUCCGAGGAAGAAUGUGAUGCUUAAAGAAAUCAAUAAACGUAACAUUAAGUAAUGCAAAUACAAAUUUAAAUAAGCAGUUAUGAACUUCGUAACUUAGAGGGGGGGAGGGGGCACAAUGCGACACUUCAAAGGAACUGAGUUAGUAUAAAGUUUAAAGAGAGAAAUAUCGAAAGGAACAUGUUUUGUCAUAUUAUAUAAACAAAUAUUGAAGCAUCAUCUAUUUAAAGAAAAUCAUAUCGUCAGUGUUGAGAUCGUAUCAACAAUUGAAAAGCGCCGUCUUACAACUUUAUCAUUGUUACGUGUGUAUAAAGAUUAUGCCUACAUGAGUAACUGUUGAUAAAUUAGGUAUGGAAUGAUUUCAUUAAUAUUGUGACACUCGAGAAAAUGUAAUGUUAUGAUGGAAAAUGAUUGUAUGAAUGUGAAUUUACAUUUAGUUUACAGUGUACGUGUUGACAUAAACAUGGACUGCACCAGUUUCCUUUUACUUCUGACAGAACAUUAUAGUAGUAAUUAAUUAAGAAGUUGUACUUAAAUUGUAAAGAUCCUAAAGAAAAAGAAAAACCACUGUUAUAACAGCCGUUUCCAUAAAGUUUCUCGAUACAUGUUCAAUGUUCUUGCGACGAAAACGAACUGUCGCUUAGGCUGCUGCUUGAUAUUGUUAAAUUUUACGGAAAUUGCCUAAAUUGUUCGAAAUAUUUAUGUGAUUUAAGUUAUUAUUACUGAUAAUAAAAAUUCACUAGAA